AUGUAUUCUGGUCAAUACCCACCACCACCAAACUAUGUAAUGCUACAACACCAGUACGGUGCACCACCACCACCUUAUUACGCUCCUCAACCUUACCCCCAACGCCGUUCACGGGGUAAUUGUUGCAUCAGGUUCAUUUGCUGCAUUUAUUGUCUUCUCUUCCUCUUAAUAUUUUUCAUGGCCGCAAGCCUCGUUCUCACCUACACAUUCUACAAGCCAAAAAUCCCUAUAUACAAAUUAGAGGACUUCAGUGUUACCAACUUUAAUAUGCAGCCUGACAUGAUAAUAAAUGCCGAAUUUCUGGUCACAAUUAGAGCACAGAAUCCUAACAGAAAGAUCGGGUUCAUAUAUGGGAAAGGCAGUACAGUCAUCGUCACUUUCGAAGGAUCCACAUUAUGUAGUGGAAAUCUGCCUGCAUUUCACCAAGGACACGAAAAUGUCACGAUGCUAAAGAUUCCAUUGGCCGGCAAAGCCACAUUCGGGCCUGACCUUAAUAAGGCCCUUAGAGAUGAUAACGAACAGGGCAGGAUUCCAUUGAUGGUUCAGGUCAACGUCCCUGUUACUGUUGUAAUGGAUGCGUUUCCAAUGAGACAGUUUGACUUUCAUGUGAGCUGUCAUAUGACCAUUGAUUCCUUGAGGCCUGAUAAGAAACCCAGUAUAUUAUCUACCACUUACACAUUUGGUUUUGGAUUCUGAUCAGUCCUUUUGUUGAA